GGUAGCGGCCCAUUCAUAAUUGCAUACAGACUGUGCAAACACAUCGUUUGUGACGAGAACGCGGUCCUCUUGAAACUUGACUCGAAAUUAUGCGCAAUAGACGACCAUGAAGGCAUCAGGAGGACCGCAGAAGCUGCGGUUUACCAUUCACGCGUGCUCGGGCGAGGACACGGACUAUCCUGUUCGCGAACUCCUCUACCACAGCCCGCAGACGCGUGGAUGGCAGUCGCCCAGGUUCUGCAAAUACCCUCAGGAGAUCGUCCUGCGCUUGGAGCAGACGUGCAAAGUGCAGCAGAUUCAGAUUUUGGCGCAUGAGUAUAAGAUUGCGACACGGGUGGAGGUGUUCGUGGGCGCACCCCAGAACCCGCUCGACACCGACCCCAACAACUGUAUCUUCAAGCGCCUGGGCUACCUGUCGUUCGACAGCAAUGAGCGCAGCAACCACCAGGCGCGCGAGCUGAAGAGCGUGCACGUCAACGUGCAGGCCUUCCUCAUCCGCCUACUCAUCCACAGAUGCCACGUUAACAAACUAAACAUCUACAACCAGGUCGGCAUUAUCGCGCUCAACCUCAUAGGCGAGCGUGUGGCGCCGGCACCGGAGGGCCCGCACGGCUUCCUGCAGCUACACCCCAACAUCCCCACCGCACAGCCCUACUACAACGCGGCGGCGGCGGAUGUGGCCGACAUCAAUCUGGACCUGCACGUGGACACGGUGACAGCGGUUAAGAUCCGGGAGCUGGCGCGGCAGAAGGAUGAGGCGGUGGCGCGGGAGGACUACGACACAGCCAAAAUGCUCAAGGCGAGCAUUGAGCGGCUCAAGGUGGUGGGCCAGAAAAUUGCGCAGCUGGAGGCGCGCAAGCGGGCUGCGGUCGAGAAGGAGGACUACGACACCGCAAAGGUCAUCAAGGCGGAUAUCGAUAAGCUGCGUGCGGCGGGAGAGGGCGCGGCCAUGGCGGCCGGCGCAGUGGCCAACGCCAGCAAGAACCCGGACGAAAUCUUCAACCGGGUGCUGGGCAAGAAGGGCUCGGUGGGCCCGGGCGGCGGCAACCAGCCCAUGCUGCAGCUGCCCUACGACGACCAACCAGUGGGCGGGCGGCCCGGCUCAGGCGCGCCGCCGCGGCCGGGCUCGGGGGCGCCGCCAUCUGCUCGGGGCGGGGGCUCGGGGCCGACGUCGCCGCAGGGGAACUUCCCUGGCGGACCGACCGUGGAGGAGCCGGACGAGGAGUACCACGCCGGACCGCAGACCUUCCAGUCGCAGGCCAGCGGCAACAGCCGUCACCAGGCCUACGACGAGCGGCCCGCCAUGGGCCGCGGCCGUUACACGCCCAGCGAGGAGCAGAUGGCGGCUGUGUCGGCGGCGCGCAAGGCGCCCGUGCACCAGGCGGAGGACGACGGCGUGUCGGCGCCCGCAGGCUGGCCUGGGGACUUGCCGGCGCCGGAGCAGCUUGCAGGCGCGAUCGCCAAGGAUGCGGAGGCGCUGGGCGACAUGGCGGGCGAGUACGUGGCGCGAGCCUUCUUCUCCAAAAACUGGCAGCUGCGCGACGCGGCCGUCGCUUACCUCACCAAAGAGGUGUCAAGCGGCGGUAUGGAGGGCAAGCGCGAAGCCUUCCGCACGCUGGUGGGCGUGGUGCGGCGCGGCAUGAAGGACAAGGUGGCCAACGUGUACCUGUCCUGCCUGGCCCUGCUGCCGGCGCUGGUGGACUCGGGGCUGGGCGGCGGCGGGCGCGAGAUCGAGGGCAUGUCGGAGCAGCUGCUGCCGGCGCUGGUGGAGAAGCUGGGCGACAACAACGCGCGCCUCAGGGAGGCGAGCAAGGAGAGCAUCAUGUUCCUCGCCGGCAUCAAGGACGCGGCGCUGCCGGCACACACCAGCAUCUUCGUAAAGCCCAUCAAGAACCAGACCGCCUGGCGCCCCGUGCUGGGCAUCCUGCAGCUGCUGCGGGAUCUGGUGCCGCUGGUGGGCGUCUCCAAGGCCGGCGACGGCUUCGACCUGGCUGAGCUGAUGGAGUUUGUGGGCAAGGCCUACAACAGCCCCAACGCCGACGUGCGCAGCGAGGCAGUGCGAGUCACCAAGGAGGUGCACGACCUGGUGGGACCCGCCAUCAGGAAGUGCAUGCCCAAGGACAUCAACCCCAAGAUCAAGGAGCAGGUGGACGCAGUGCUCGGGGGAGGCGACGCACCCGCGGCCGCGGCGCCGCCGCCUGCGGCUGCGCCCCGUGCGGCACCCGCGCGCGCGCCGGCGGCCGCCGCAGCCAAGCCACCGGCAGGGAGAGGCGGCGGCGCGCCCAAGCCCGCUGGCAAGGCGCCACCACCACCUCCACCCCCGCCGCCGCCGGCACCAGACGACCCGGCGGCGUUUGAAGCGGAGCUGGCCUCGCGCGAGGACCAACUGGGCCCCGCCCACCCCGACGUGGCGGAGGCCUGCUCCAACCUGGCCAUCCUGUACAACCAGAAGGGCGAGUACGACAAGGCACUGCCGCUGUACGAGCGCGCGCUCAAGAUCUACGAGAAGCACUUUGGCAAGGACCACCCCGAGGUGGCGCACACACUCACGGACCUGGCGGUUCUGCAUCUGGAGCAGGGUCGCGAGGAGGUGGGGCGACCGCUGCUGGAGCGCGCGCUGCUCAUCCAGGAGAAGGCGCUGGGGCCGGACCACCCGGACGUGCUGGCCAUCAAGGACGUGCUCAACUCGGACUGAGAGCUGCUGCUGAGGAAGAGCAGGAGGAGGAGGCAGGGGACGACGGCAGCAGGGAGCUGCGGGGGACAUUGCUGAGCGGAGGAAGGGCAGGAUGCGGCAGGGCCCGAGGCGGCACCAGCUGCGACUGGGAGGCCUGAGGUGUGUGCGGCGUGCGGGGCAGGGCACGCACCACGUUGGGUGAAGUGUGGAGUAGGUGGUGGUCCUGGCUGGAGGGGCGAAUGCCGCAAGCAAGUGCUGUUUGGUGGGCGUGUCACGGAACAGCCAGGUGUGUUGCGGCCGCACCAGUUUUCGGCCAUCGCCGGAAGCCGCCCGCACGUUGACGGCGACGUAGACAAGUGCAAGACCAGUUGACUAUGUAAGGAAAGCUUUCC